CCUUCCGUGUUUCCUUUUGUUGCCCUAACCGUCUCGUUGACGAACGCAGAAACAAAAUUGUCUGUAAGAGCCGAGUCGAAGAAUUACUCCGCUUGAAAGUUGGAAGCAGAGAGCAGAAACGCGAAUCCAAGCUCUCGGUUAUAUAAGGAAGCUUUCAGGGUUCUGAAUUACCGGCUGCUGUUUGCUAUUCGUCAUGGCGACCAGGCUUCAAUUCGAGAACAACUGUGAAGUUGGUGUUUUCUCCAAGCUGACAAAUGCAUACUGUUUGGUUGCGAUUGGAGGAUCUGAAAGCUUCUACAGUAUCUUUGAGACAGAGUUGGCAGAUGUCAUACCUGUGGUUAAGACCUCGAUUGGAGGCACUAGAAUAAUCGGGAGGCUAUGUGCUGGGAACAAAAAUGGACUUCUUCUGCCACACAACACCACUGAUCAGGAACUUCAGCACUUGAGGAACAGUCUACCUGAUUCAGUUGUUGUCCAGAGGAUAGAGGAGAGAUUGUCAGCUCUUGGAAAUGUCAUUGCUUGUAAUGACCAUGUUGCUCUUGCACAUACUGAUCUUGACAGGGAAACCGAAGAACUGAUAGCUGAUGUUCUCGGAGUAGAAGUAUUCCGACAGACUAUCGCUGGUAACAUUCUUGUGGGAAGCUACUGUGCUCUCUCAAACAGAGGCGGCUUGGUGCACCCCCACACUUCCAUUGAAGACCUGGACGAACUUUCCACCCUUCUCCAGAUCCCCUUGGUUGCCGGUACAGUUAACCGUGGCAGUGAAGUCAUAGCUGCGGGAAUGACGGUUAAUGACUGGACAGCUUUCUGUGGAUCAGACACUACAGCAACCGAAUUGUCUGUCAUCGAGAGCGUCUUCAAGCUAAGGGAAGCCCAACCUAGUGCCAUUGUGGAUGAGAUGAGGAAGUCUUUGAUUGACAGUUAUGUUUGAGAGCUGUUGUAAUGUCAAGUGUGGCACAUCUUUAUCUUCCUGCAUUCUUCCCUUGUAUCUCAAUUGCAGUUUUGAAACUUGGUCCAGUUUGUAUGUUUUCUGCAUUGUUCCUGUUAUCUGCUUUACCAAUGCAGAGUGGUUUCAGACGUUUCUUGGCCUCCUUGUCAACUGUCGAAGAGGCUAUAAAAAUCUGUUGUAUACAUAUGGUAUUGUUAUCCCUCCAUGAAAAUCAUAAUUCCCAGCUCUCAAAUUCCAUUACA